AAAAAAAAAAAAAAAAACACUUUUUGCAAAAUGAAUACUUUUUUCCUUUUUGACCCUUAUAUUUUGUUUGUGCCUCGACCUGCGUUCUCCUGUAUUCCGUUCUAUUAUACUGUUCCUGUUAUCGAUCUGCAAUGCAUCUGUGCGCAUUGCUCCCUCUGCCCUUCGACUAUGCACCCUCCCGGCCUGAAACCACAGGUAUAAUAUCCAUACUUUUGCCUGCAGCUUCAAAGUCUGCCCAAAAAGAAGAACAAAAAGCUCAUGCAGUUUUACGCCGAUAUCUGGCUAAUCCCUCCGUUGCUGCUCUUACCACCUUGUACGUACCUCGAGUUGAGUGUUUCUUCACUAACUGUAUUCGAUCAACUCUCCUUUUCUACUUUGGCUGCUCUCGAUUGCAUUUCAGAGGAGGCGGAAGGAAACAAAGAUUUGCCAGGACUGGAGUAAUUGGCCCACUGGGAUGAUAUCACGAUGACCAUGGUGCGGCGGCGGGUUCUUGAUAUGCUAGCAAAUCUCAUGUCUGCUUUCCUGUCCUUCUCUGCGCUCUCUUUUAGUUAUCUUGUACUUUGUGUGUUAUAUUGUGCCCGUUGUGCUUUUUCGGGUAAUAUCAGAGCCUCUUCAUCCAUUCUCUUCCUGUAUGUGAGUCGGGCUCUCCCGCGAGAGCUAUCAAUGUCGACGGACGUAAAAUUGUCAGAAACUAUCUACUAAAGGGUUCCGUUUAGGCAGGCAGCCACUACAUACCUUCCUACAAGCUACACGUGAUUAGUUGAUGGCGGGUUGGUU